AAUUAUUUAAAUUGUGAGUCAAUCAAGUAGAAAAUUAUUAAAAAAAAAAAAAAACUUCUCAAAAGCUUAGGCUUAAAAUUAAAACAAAUAAAAAUACUUAAGAAGAAUAAAAAAUUAAGUGGCUAAGCACUGACAUUAGUCUAAUUAAAAUUGAUUACGCUGCGUCGUCGUAUAGUUGAAGGCAAUACAAAACAGUAUCACUUUAGAGCUUCACACAUUGCGACGUUUAUACUUUUUUUUUGUUUCUGAGAAUUGAGAAAAUAUAGUGAAUAUGAGAUCAACACUUUUAAUUGUUUGCCUUCUUUUGGCAGUGAUUUAUGUACAAUCACUGACUAGAGUCGAGCGUUCAAGCUCUAUUAAGAAACGCGCUCCACAAGUUUAUCAAGGUCAGCAAGGAGGCAAUUGGAAUCAAACCCAACAGUUCCAAUGGGUUAAGGUUAACAAUCAAUGGGUUAGGAAGGAUGGCACCAACAAACUUCCUGGAUAUUCCCAACCAAAUGUACCAUACAACCAAACUGGUACUCAGUGGAAAAAUUCACCAGCAUCAAGCCCUGCUUCCACACCAGCUCACUCACCAAGUGCCAGCAAUGUUGGAAACAAUUCUAAACCAGGCCAACCUCAACGCCAAGAUUCCACAUCGUCUCAAGGAUCUAUUGGUUGGAAUCCAAGCGCCGAUCGAGCCCUAACUCAAGACCUUCCAAAGACAACACCACAUCCAACAACUUCAACUACAACCACCACCACUACAACCACUCGAUCACCAGUCCCUGCCCAGAAACCACUAGGACCAACACCACCUCCAGUCCGUGCACCAUUCGGUUCGGGUAUGGGUGGUCAACAGAAGCCCCAACUUAAUCGCUACAACCCUGACGCCAGUUUGACAUAUGGAGGACUUCCCCCUCAAACCAACCCAACUUCCAACAGAGCAACUAUUAAACCUAAUCCAGCACAUGGUUCCAAUCCAUGGGGAAAUCUCUCCCGUUAAAUUAUUUUGUUGAGACCCAAUUAAAUAAAU